AUGUUCGCGGCGCACAGGCCCGACCUGACCCACUGGGUCCUCACAGGCCCGGGUGAGCGCCUGGCCACCCUGCUGGUCACGCGCGCCGCCGCCGCCUUCUUCCUGGACGGCCGCGCCGAGGACAUGCUGCGGGAUCUGCACGACGCCUUCCGCGAGAGCCCCUCCGCCGCGCGCCGGCAGUUGCAGGCCGUGCUGUCCGUCCAGGACCAGGAGCGCGUCCGGGCCCAGGCCCAGGAGGCCGCGGACCUGGGCUUCGCCCGCUUCCAGGAGGCCGUGCGGAGCCGCCCCGAGCUCCGCGAAGACGCGGAUCGCGAGCUGCUGGCACCGGUGACCUGCGCGCUCCGAUUCCUGCUCCGCGUGGCACCGGCCGGGGCCCAGCCUGCGCUGGGCACCCGCCUGGCCGAGUGCCUGCUGCUGGCCGGGGACGUGGCGGGCGCCCGGGCUCUGUGCGAGCGCCUGCUGAGGCCCGCUAGCCCCGCGGACACCGCCGAGGACCGCGCCGGGGAGCGCGCCCCGCUGCUGGCGCUGCGCGGCUUUUGCGCGCUGCACGCCGGGGACGCGCAGGGCGCCCGGGAGGACUUCCAGGCGGUGGUGGAGCAGGGGGCACCGCACCUUGGCGGCUGCGUGCGUGCGCUGUGCGGCCGCGGGCUGCUGCGGGUGCUGGCCGGCAGCGCCUUCCUGGGCACACUGGACUACGUCACCGCGUGCGGGCUUCUGCCGGAGGAAGCGCUGUUGGCCGCCAAAGCCUUCGUGCCCUGGAACCAGCGCGGGCUGCUGCUGAUCGUGCUGCGGGAGGAGGGCCGCCGGAUGCUGCAGCGCCCGCCCCCACCGGGCUGCCGAAGCCAGGCUGCAGGGCCCGACAGCGGCGCGGCCCCCCAAGGGGAUGCCCGCGGGGUGUACCAGCUGGCCUCGCUGCUGAUGGAGCUGGACGCGGAGGACGAGGCCGCGCGCCUGCUGGCCGCCGAUGCCCUGUACCGCCUGGGCCGCCUGGAUGACGCUCACGGGGCGCUGCGGGCGGCGCUGGCGCAGGGACCGCAGGCGGCCGCGGUGCUGGUGCGGCUGGCGCUGCUGCAGCUGCGCAGGGGCUUCGCCUUCGACGCCCACCAGCUGGUGAAGAGGCUCGUCCAGGCCAGGGACACCGCCUGCCUCCAGCCCACCUUGGACAUCUUCUGCCCCGAGGACCUGCAGCUGCUCCAGGGCCACUGCCACACUCGGGCCCUGGCCAUCCUGCGGGCGCGGCCAGGCGCAGCCGACAACGGGGCCCGCACCAGGGAGGCCAUCGCCUAUCUCUCUCUGGCCAUCUUCGCUGCAGGGAGCCAAGCCAGUGAGUCCCUGCUCGCCCGAGCCCGCUGCUACGGGCUCCUGGGCCGGAAGAAGACCGCCAUGUUCGACUUCAACUCCGUGCUGCGGGCCGAGCCGGGGAACGUGCAGGCUCUGUGUGGACGGGCGCUCGUGCACCUGGCCCUGGGCCAGCAGCAGGAAGCCGUGGUCGACAUCGUCUCUGCCCUGAAGCUGGACACGGCCGCAGUGGUCCCUGAGCUCCGCUCUCUGAGGCGCGACGCCCAGGGCCUCCUCGCGCGGGGCCUGCACGCUCACUGCCGGGCCCUGCUGAGCCGGCCCCUCCGGGAGGACGACGCCCAGGGCCUUCUGGCCGCCGGGGAGGCCCUGGUCCAGAUGGACGGCGCGCAGCCCAGUGGGCACCUGCUGCUGGCCGAUGCCCUCAUGGCGCUGGGCAGCUUCGAGGCAGCCGGCGCCCGUCUGCAGGGGGCCCUGCGCCCCGCUCGGGCGUCCGCGGCGGCCCGGGCCCGGCGGGGCCUGCUCCGGCUGAAGCAGGGAGACGUGCGGGCCGCGGCCCGGGACCUGCAGGGCCUGGCCGAGCCGGACGCCGCGGACCUGGGCUUCCUGCUGCGGCUGCUGGAGGCCCCCGAGCGGCAGAGCCUCGCCCAGGCCGCUGCCCGGGAAGCCAGUGCCCUCCUGGACACGGGGCGGCCGCGGCAGGCGCUGGGCUUCUGCUCCCUGGCCGUGCUGGCCGGCGGUGGCGGCGCCUGCCACCUGCGCCUGCGUGCCACCUGCCUGGCCCAGCUGCGGGAAUGCCACCGAGCCCUCAGGGACCUGGACCAACUGCUCCAGGAGGGUGCAGGGGACGGGGACCUCCCGCGGCGGGCGGAGGACCUCUGCUCCCGGGGCCGCCUGCUGCUGAGCCUGGGGGACGAGGAGGGGGCCGCGGCGGCCUUCGGCCAGGCCCUCGCGCUGGCGCCCGCCCCUGCCCAGAGCAGCCUGUGGGGGCAGCCGGGCCGGACCCCCACCGCCCGCCUGUUCCUGCACCACGGGCAGCGCUGCCUGGAGCAGCAGCGCCACGCGGAGGCCUGGACAGCAGCCCAGAGCGGCCUCCUGGUGGACCCCGGCCACCGCGGCCUGAAGCGGCUGAAGGCCAGAGCGCAGAGAGGGGUGGACGCGGGCUGCCGGCUGCACUGACCCAGCCUCGGGGUAUGGCCCGCGCGGCGCCAGGGCUGACCAGCCUCCGUCUCUUUGGCCCCAGGAGUAAAGGGACGGCUUCCUGGGAGGGUCGUCCCACGGCUGGGGACCCUGGCGCACACUGGAGCUGGGAGGCUGCAGCAGCCCAGGUCUCCCCCUGUGCAGAGGACCAGGCCACGCCCUCCCGCUGUGCCUGGAAGCCCCUCUGUGGGCCCUGGCCUGAGUCGCAGGGCUGUUGCUGGGUGCUUUUCUGGAAGUCACUCACGGGGCUGCUCCCCGUCUCGGGCUGUGGGGGGCCAGGUGGGCCUGCAAAUCCUGAGGGGCCCCUGCUUGGACUCCUGGAGCCGGAGAGAGCGGGGGACUAACCGUCCAGGCAGGCUCUUGCUUCCUGACGAGGAGCACGGAGACCCCUCCCAGGCGGGCCGGAGGGCCCCGCUGUGCCCUGUCUCUGCCCACGCUGCAGCGUGAAUGAGAGGUGCUGGGAGACCGGACCCCACGCCCCCUCCCAGGCUGCCUGCCCCGUCUCUGCCUGCUCCUCCCUUGGGCGUGAGCCACAGCGCCCCCACCCCUCACCUCCUGGUAGGCACCUGUCCCACCCCCGCUCCCUGUGGGCCCUCCCGGCACCUGCUGGCUCUGACCACAAGGACAGGGGCUACAGGGUCAGUGCCUCCUCCGUGAGGAUGAGGGACCAGGAGUCCAUGGGGUGGGGGGAACUCCACUGCCUCCCCCCUCUCUGCCUCCCCCCUCAGAAGCUCCCAGGAGGCCUUGGCGAAGUCUCCUGGGACACUGUUGUCACCACGUUUUUCCUCCAGUGUCCACCGUGUGCUCAUGGGCUCCACAAAGACGGCCUGACUAUGCGAGGAGCCAGGGAUGGGGCCGGGCUCCGGUCAGUGCCCAGGCAGUGAGGUGGGGGCAGGUGCCGAGGGGCCGGGCAGCAGUGCCUCUGCCCCUGCCGUCCUCCCCACCCUGGUGCCCUGCCCUGUCCAUCCCUGGGAGGCCAUCAGAGCUCGGCCGCUGGGGUGCAGACACCCGACCUGCCCGGCCCCUCCCACCCCAGGGGGCACAGUACCCUUGGCUCAUCUCGCAGGGGAGGCACCGGGCUACCACGGAGUGUCAGGUUGAAGCCCUCACCCCCCAGGGGGUGGGACUCAGGGGGCAGAGGACACGGCUGUGCCCUCCCCGGAGUCCGCUGGAGCCUUGGCCUUGAACCCCAGCCUCCAGACUGAAGUAAACUCCUGUUGCUCUCA